GGGACUGAGGCAGGAGUCCGCGAUAGAGGAACCACCUGCAGACCGCAGCCGCUCUCAUUCUCAGCAACGCCUCAAUAUGUUACGGAUUUGACUCAUACUGUAAACGACAGAUUAUUUCCUUCACACAGUGGCUGAACACACACUGUCGAGGAGAUGCAACAGUUGAAGAAUUUAUCGAUUUGUCUCAUAGCCCUCUUAUUAGGGAUGACAACUGGAGGCUCUCCAAGUGUUCAAAUCGGAGGCUUGUUUCCGAGGGGAGCCGAUCAGGAGUACAGCGCGUUUCGGAUCGGAAUGGUUCAGUUCGGAACGGCUGAAUUUAGACUGACGCCUCACAUCGAUAAUCUGGAAGUAGCAAACAGUUUCGCUGUAACUAACUGCUUCUGUUCUCAGUUCUCAAGGGGAGUUUAUGCUAUCUUUGGAUUUUACGACAAGAAGUCAGUGAACACAAUAACGUCGUUCUGUGGGACACUUCACGUCUCCUUCAUCACGCCCAGCUUUCCCCUGGAUGGAAAUCAGCAGUUUAUUAUUCAGAUGCGACCAGACAUCAAAGGGCCUCUCCUGAGUCUCAUCGAGUACUACAAAUGGGACAAGUUUGCCUACCUGUAUGACAGUGACCGAGGACUUACCACACUCCAAGUUGUGCUGGACACAGCAGCAGAGAAGAAAUGGCAGGUGACCGCCAUCAACGUGGGCAACAUGAAGGAUGAGAGAAAGGAUGAAGCAUAUCGCUCACUCUUUCAAGACCUGGAAAACAAGAAGGAGCGGAGGGUCAUUCUAGAUUGUGAGCAGGACAAAGUUAAAGACAUCAUGGAACAGGU